UGAAGCGCACAUGUUUUACUUCAGUUUCUAUCUGUAGGGGAGACCAGCACGUUCACAGAGAAAGGCAAUUGUACUAACUGCUGAAGACAAUGAAUAACACAACUUGUGUCAGCUAUGACUUUACAGGAAGAUUUCUGCCUCCUGUUUACAUCUUGGUAUUCAUCAUUGGUCUGGUAGCCAAUGGAUGGGGACUCAAGUCUUUGCUGCACAACUGGAAGAAACUGGGUAACGUCAAUGUUUUUGUUCUCAACCUUGGACUUACAGAUGUUUGGUACCUGCUCACACUCCCAUUUUUGGUGGUGUACUACUUUAUGGGUAGAAGAUGGAUCUUUGGAGAUGUAUUCUGCAAGAUAACAAGAUUCUGCUUCAACCUGAAUUUAUAUGGCAGCAUUGGCUUCCUCACCUGUAUCAGCGUGUACAGGUACCUGGCUAUUGUUCAUCCAAUGAGAGUGAUGGGAAGAAUAACCAACACCCACUCUGUGGCUAUCUCUGCCAUGGUUUGGCUGUUGGUGAGUGUUCAGAGUCUUCCAGACAUGUUCUACACAAAAAAAACCUCCUACGCUGAAUGCAUUGAAACCACUGACGAAAAUGUUGAGGGAUACCUGAAAUACAACCUUGGAUGGACACUCACUGGGUUCUGUAUCCCCUUCCUCAUCACACUGGGCUGCUAUGGACAUGUGAUUGUUGUUCUCUGCCGCACAAAUACAAUGGACAAGGAACUGAAACAGAAAAGUUUAAGGUUGUUGUUCAUUUUGAUUCUUCUCUUUUCUGUUUGUUACAUCCCCUAUAAUGUACUCAAGAACCUGAACCUCUGGUCAAGAGUUUUGUUAAGAAAAGGGGUGUGCCAUAAAUGGUCUAAUGGAGUCUACAUUGCUCGUCAGAUAAGUCGUGGCUUUGUGUGUCUGAACAGUGCUCUCAACCCUCUGGUUUACCUCAAUGGAAAUGAAGAUAUUCCUGCUCAGCUCAGACGAUUACUCCAGCGAGCUUGUCAAGCUGUCACACGGGUGCCGUUACCCCCUACUCAACUAACCCUGGCGUAAAUUGUCUGAUAUGAAAUUGAACAAUUGUAUUGCAGCAUCUGCCACUAUAUUCAUUUCAAAUGGCUUUAUUGGCAUGACGUAACACUGUACAUAUUGCCAAAGCAAGCGUUUGGAAUUUAAAAUAAUAAUAAUAACAAUAAAGGAAAACAAUAUUUACAAUAAAUUAAUUAUGAUCAAAAGGAGACAUAUUUUGCUGCAGUAAUUGGACUUUUUGGCAUUUCUCCCAGUAAAUAGGGGAGUUUCUGUGUGUCUGAUAUAAAUUCAAAUUCGGGUUAUAUUUGGGAAAUGUUUGCGAAGUGUAUUUGUCUCAGGAUUUUAUAUUUAGGGCAUGAGGUUGGAAAGUGCAGCUCUGUCUCUACCUGUCCUCUGUCACACUGGGAGCAGAGUCUCUCCUCUUCUGGUAGCCAGUUCUGUCUGUGGCGACCCUUUUCUAUGGCCAGGCUGUGUUCACUCAGUCUGUACAUUGUCAACAUUUUUCUUAAUUUAGGACAUUUUAUUGUUGUCAGGUAAUUUGCCAGUGUGAAUUCUCUUUUUAGGGUCAGAUAACAUUGUAAUUUACUUUGUGUUUUGGUCGUUUCUUUCCAGUAUUCAAUAUAUUUUUCUUUUUGCUUGUUGAUAAUUUGGUUUGGUCUGAUUGAGUUGGUGUUGCUGUCCUGAGGCUGUUGGGGACAUGUUACUGCAGACAGCCUCAGGACCAACUGGCUGAAGGGACUCUUCUCUGGUUUCAGCUCCUGGUAUGUUAGGGCUUUGUGAUGGUAUGUCUGGGGGUUAACUGAUUUUAAGUGAUUGUAAAAUUGAAUUGAUCUUUUCUGUAUUUUUAGUAGGAGGGGGUAUUGGCCGAGCUCUGCUCUGCACAUUUGGUGUUUUUCUCUGCACCUGCAGGAUGCUCUUACAGAACUUGUGUGGAAAGAUUCCACCAUAACACAUUUGUUGAAAAGAGUCAAGCUUUUGAUCUAUGUAUUUGUCAUGCUGUUAACAUGUCUAAAAAAGCUCAGAUUAAAAAGAAUUUAAUUCAUUUGAA